AUGUCGUCUGUGGAUGAUUCAGGUCAACUCCUUCAGAAGCACGACUGCGCCCCGCCCCUCGCGCCAGAGAAGGACACGAGCGAAGAGGGCGCAGGUAAGAGCAGCCCCGCCGAGUCUCCACAGACAGAUGAUGAAGGCAGUGUGGACGAGGACGGCGUCACCACACUUAUGGAGGCAGCUAAGAGGAACGACGUGGAUGCGGUGAAGCGCUACAUCCCUUAUCAGGCAAGGAUGAUGGCGAGGUUUGUCAAGGCAGGGAGAGUAGAGAUAUACGAUGGGACGGCCCUGAUGGUCGCCGCAGCGCUUGGAAACGUUGAGACGGUGAAGCUGCUGAUGAGGUGCGAGGGCGGCAUGAGGGACAGUGAGGAGUGGACAGCCCUCAUGUGGGCGGCACUUGUUGGCCGUACCGAGGUCGUGAGACUACUCCUGAAGAUUGAGGGCGGCAUGCAGAAGGGCAGAGGUUAUACUGCCCUCGUGCUUGCAGCAAGGCAUGAUCAUCUGGACUGUGUCAAGUUGUUACUGGAGAAGGAGAGGGACAUAAGUGGCGUAGAUGCCAUCCAUAUGGCCAAUAGAUGGAAUAACUCCGAGGUAGCAUCUUUUCUCGAGAGUGAGGGUAUUGUAGAUCCAUACUUGCAGAUGCAGCCCAGGAAGCUUGUGAGUGAACGCGCUUAA